UGUAAUGCUAUAAGUCGUUUCCUCCCUUAACCAUUGUGGAGAGCAAUGGCGAGGUCCAAUGGAAAUCCUAUGCAGACCUUCCCCUUCUUUCUGAUCCUCAUUUUCUUUGUCUUCCUUUGUGGACUCCCUUCAGUUCCAGCUGCAAGGCCAAGUCCCAAGCCCUGCAAGAACCUAGUCCUCUACUUCCAUGACAUCCUCUACAAUGGCAAGAAUGCCGACAACGCGACGUCGGCCAUCGUCGGUGCCCCGGCAUGGGGCAACCUCACCAUCUUGGCCGGACAGUCUCACUUCGGCGACGUCGUCGUGUUCGACGACCCCAUAACAACCGACAGCAACCUACAUUCUCCUCCGGUAGGCCGAGCCCAGGGGCUCUACUUGUAUGACCAGAAGCAGACCUUCAGUGCAUGGCUAGGUUUCACAUUUCAAUUCAACUCAACUCAGCACAAGGGGACCAUAAGCUUUGCUGGUGCUGACCCACUAAUGAACAAGACCAGGCAGAUCUCAGUCAUAGGAGGUACUGGGGAUUUCUUCAUGACAAGGGGUGUGGCCACAUUGGAGACAGAUGCACUUGAAGGGGAUGUGUACUUUCGCUUGCGGACCGACAUAAAUCUGUAUGAAUGCUACGACGCUUAGCCAGCGAACCCCGGUCCGGUCCGGUCCGAAUCCGAGCUGUUGGAACAGGAUGAGCAUCUUGCAACGUUUGAAAUAAAUGUACUCCUACAGUUUAGUGUGCUGCAGUUUAUGCUUGUUUACUAUGCUCAUACACGAUAUUCUCUUCGAGACAUUUCCGUGUUAGUGUCACAUGAAUCUACCUUAAAUAUAACAGUUUCAUGGAACAAUAACAUGGUGUUCUUAUUAA